UCUGUUUGUGAAUGACGUAAGACGCGUGAAGCAAGAUGGCGUCGCCAGAAGCUUAAAUCGGUGUAAAUUACUUUAUCUCCGUGAAGUCGCGCCUCCCCCGAGGCUCCGGUGUUGUUUCACGGUUGUUCCGGUGAAGAGAACCCUUCUCUACCGGGUACGUGUGGUCGCAGGGCGCCGCUGAGCUCCAGAGGACAGCCCGCGGACCGUGUCUCUUCUCCCCCGCGACCGUCCGCCAGCAGCCGGGGAGGCGAGCUGCUGUCAGCCGGGACAGGAUGGACACCGGGGAGUACAUGGAGACCAUGGACACCACGUUAGCGGAGUUAGGGGACGAGUUCACGUUGGGGGACAUCGACGAGAUGCUGCAGUUUGUCAGCAACCAAGUGGGGGACUUCCCAGACUUGUUUGAGGACCAGAUGAACCCAACAGGCUCGCUACCGAGCGGCAGGGCCAGCGUCACCCCGCGUCCCACCAUUCAAACCCCUCAAGCGCCCCCAACCCCCCAGACACCAACCCCAGUUACCUACCUGAACUCCAGCGUUACCCUCACCAGCCCACAGACACUAUCUCCCCAGUCGUUACCCCUCACCCCUCCCCUCACCCCCGCCCAGACCCCCUCCCCUAUCCCCGCCUCCUCUGUGCAGCAGCAGGUGACCCGCAGCCCUCCGCUCCUUCAGCCUCGGCCUCAGGUGGUCCAACCCAUCCAGCCUCAGCCCCAACAGACGGCUCAGCCUACCAUCCAGGUAUCAACUAUCAUACCACUUGCACGCGAGACUUGGAUGCACACCCAGGGGAUCCCGAUGCAGACCCAGAGCUUCCCGGUCCACACCUUAGUUCAGACUCAAUGCCAGACGCCCAUCCAGACCCAGGCGGGGCAAACUGUGAUGAUUGCCCCCAACGGUGGGCAGUCGCGUUUCAUCCAGAGCCCUGUGAUCUGCCACCAGACUUCUACUCCUGGUUUCCAAGUCAUCCAACCACAGAUGCAGAGCAUCAUGACGUCACCACAGCUCCAACCAUUGACCAUUCAGCAUCAGCGUCUUCUGACUCCAACAGGUCAAACCAUCCAAACUCUCUCUGCAGCACCGACCACAGUCCACACUAUGCAGCAGCAGGUGCAGCAGGUUCUGGUCCAGCAGCCUCAGAUUCUGAAAACAGAUUCGCUGGUUCUCACAACUCUCAAACCAGAUGGCACUCAGGUGCUGUCGACCAUGCAGAGCCCCAAUGGGAUCACCACCUUGACCACGCCCCUCCAGAACACUCUGCAAGUCCCGCAAGUAAACAAUACAAGGGAUCUGAUUGGCUGCUUUCUGUCCGCCAACAGCACGCUGAUGAGCAGCAACAUCCUGACCACCGUCCCUAUGGUGAUGGGCGGAGGAGACAAGCUGCCAAUCAAGCAGCUGCAGCCAGGCUCCUCCCACUGCACAAAUGUAGCCAGAUCAAAUAUGGAUCACGGCUUCAUGAACAUGGGAGUACUGGGCCCGGGAGGAGUGGUGAAGGAGGGCGAGAGGAGGACGACACACAACAUCAUCGAGAAGAGGUACCGCUCCUCCAUCAAUGACAAAAUCCUGGAGCUUAGGGACCUGGUCAUGGGCAACGACGCUAAGAUGCAUAAAUCAGGAGUGCUCAGGAAGGCCAUCGACUACAUCAAAUACUUGCAACAGGUCAACCACAAACUACGACAGGAGAACCUGGCCUUUAAAAUGGGAAACCAGAAGAACAAGCCAGUGACGCUGUCUGAGGAUGUGGACCUCAAACAGGAAAUAGUGAUGAUGUCACCUCCAGCCUCGGACUCUGGCUCCGGUUCCCCUGAGCAGUUCUCUCCGUACUGUGUUGACUCGGAGCCCGGCAGUCCCUUACUGGAUCACGACAAGGUGAAGAGUGAGCCAGAUUCUCCGUCCACCGUCGGAGUGAUGGAUCGUUCUCGACUGCUUCUCUGUGCCCUCACCUUCUUCUGCCUGUCACUGAACCCGCUGCCCUCUCUUCUGGGCUCUGAGGCCUCAGGGAGCCACGGCCUCUCUGCCGGCCACGGGCCAUCGAGAACACUCGUCUGGUUCCCAACACACACACAGGACUUCGCGUCCUGGCUGCGGUGCCUGUUGCCAUGGGUGAUGGUGUGGGUGCUGAGUGGCGUGGGAGCUGUGUGGGGCUGUGUCAGGGUGCUCUACCUGUGGGAGCCCGUCACACUCCUUCACUCCCCGAAGUCUGUGUCCUUCUGGAGGCAUCGCAAACAAGCCGACCUGCAUCUCAACAGGGGAGAUUUCACAGCAGCAUUGGUUAGUUUAGAGACCUGCUUGGCCGUCUUGACCCGGGCUCUUCCCUCCACCAAUCUGGAUCUGGUCUGCUCGCUGUCCUGGAAUCUUAUUCGCUACUGCCUGCAUCGUCCAACUCCUCUGGGAUGGCUGGUUCACCAGGUCAGAGGAAAGCACGAGGGAGAGGAGGCUCGGACGAGUGCGAAGGACGCGGCUCUGGUUUACCACCGUCUGAGUCAGCUGCAGCUCACAGGAAAGUUGCCUCAGCGAAGCAGCCUGUGGGCUUUGUCUUUCUCUCUCAGCGCUGUCAACCUCAGCGAGAGCGCCCAAGGCAAGAUGGCCCCUGCUCAGCUCACCCAGAUCUACGUGACUGCAGCAACGGCCCUGCGCACACUGCUGGGCCACCACCUCUCCUUUUUGCCUGGUUACCUGCUGAGCUGUGCUGAGAGUGUGGCCAGUCACUCAGACACCAAGCCGAUCCCCGACUGCCUCCGCUGGCUCUUCACCCCAUUGGGCAGGCAGUUCUUCCUGAGCUGUGAUUGGUCAGUGAAGUCUGAGUGCAGCGACAGCGUGUACACUUCUCAGAGAGAUUCGGUCGACCCCAUCGCCCAGCUGCACCGCUGUUUCUGCAGGAAGCUUCUGGAGCGAGCUGUUCACACGCUCAUUCAGCCGCAGAGCGACUCCGACGCAGGCAAACGCAAGAAUGACUCUGGGGAGUUUUCCAGUGCUAUGGAGUUCCUCCAGUUGUUGAACAGCUGUACGGAGGACUCUCCUUCCCCUCCUCCUCCCUUCUCGACUCCUCCCAAUCACACCACCACACCAGUGGGAGACCCGGUGAGUCGCUGGUGGGCCUUGGUGCUGAAGGCUGCGGUGCACUGGCUGCAGGGUGACGACGUGGCCGUGAGGUCACUGCUGGCCGAGGCCGAGCGAAUGCCGAGGGCUCUGCACACUCUCGACCACUCUCUUCCCAAGGCCGUGCUGCAGCUCUGCAAAGCGGUUCAGAUGAGUCUGUUGCCUCUGAAGGGAGAAGGAGCAGUGGCCUGUCUGUCCCACUGUGACAGAGCCAGCAGCCACCUGCGCGCCAGCAUCUCCGAACCACUCGCCCAGUCGGGCAACUGGCUGAACAAGGUAGAAAUCAAAGAAGCUGCCACAAGCACCGUCGUCACUGACAUCACCGGGGUGGAGCUCCUGGUGUGCGACCUCCUGCUGACCUUGAGGACCAGUUUGUGGCAGCGAGGGGGCAGCAGCAACGGAGAGCCCGGCCCGGCCCCUGGAUCUCAGUUGGCUGGUUUUCAGAGGGACCUCAGCGCGCUCAGGAAGCUCACACAGUGCUACAGGCAGGCGCAACACAAGGUGUUUCUCCACGAGACCACAGUGAGGCUAAUGGCCGGUGCCAGUCCCACAAGGACACACCAGCUGCUGGAGCACAACCUCCGACGCAGGACACACAACUCCUACACAGCCGGUGAGUGUGUCCUGGGCGAGAGGGAGAGGGCCCACGCCAUCCUGCUGGCCUGCCGCCACCUGCCCAUGCCCCUGCUAACUCCGCCCGGGCACCGCGCCCGCCUGCUCGCCGAGGCCAAGCGCACCCUGGAGCGGGUGGGAGACCGCCGGUCCCUGCAGGACUGUCAGCAGAUCUUGCUGCGCCUCAGCGGGGGCACGACCAUCGCAGCCUCCUGAACAAACACGACUUAAAACACCCGACUCAUCAGCCAACACCUUAUUCUGUAACUGUCACAUAUUCACACCCUCACGCUGAUCCACGAACAUGGAUUCGUCUACCGCAGCCUUGUAUCCACACAGCAGCUACACAUCUGCUCCUCUAACUCUUAGUUGCCCUGUUGCAGCACAAUCACGCCACCUUCUGGCCAUUAAUGGUACCACGCCGGCUAACUGCCUCAUUUUAAACAAUGCUAAACAACAAGGGAAAUCAGGUGAAAUAGGCCCCACAGGGAAAAGGGACCAUGAUCUCAUAGCUUAAAUAGAUGCAGUGCAGCAGUGCAUUGAUUAGCUGUAGGAAGCCGAGCUGUACAAUCAUUUCUGGCGCACGGUAACUGUUUAAUGUCUCAGUAAACUCGCAAGCUUCUAUUAAGGGCUUCAGUCUAUUCAAGAGUGGACUGCCCAGACCUGUUGAGCAAGGCUGUGCUGGGAGCUGCAGACAGAGAGUGGCCUGCACAGUCUCUUCUUAUCUACCUCAUACACAGUACAAUGCCAGCACUGUACUGCUGAGCAUCACAGGACACUUCAGUCAGUUGUCCUGAAAUUUGAAUCAAGUGACCAUUUGAAGUGACGCUUCGUUCCAUGAACAGCUUGCUGAGACUUUAGGAAGCAGCGGCAACACAACUAUUGGAAAGUGACCUGCUGUUGCAAUAAUGACACACACACAGCUGCUGCUGACACGUUCUGCUCUGUCAGGACAGAGGAACAAUUAUUGGAUUAGCAAAACGUCAAAGUAGCACAGGGAAGCAGUCGAUUGUGGGAUAAUAAGAAAAUAAGGACACACAGAAAUUCAUCAACACGACAGGUCAAAGGUUUUAGAACGUCUCAAUUCUUCAAGCUGUUUUUUAAAAAUUUGGAAUUUAAUCUUGGAAUCUUCUUGUUCAAUUACGUUUAAUAAAAAAAAAUAUUAUGGUUCAGUUCAUCGCAAAUCAGCAGCACGAGGUUUCAAUCUGAAGACUGUGCUGCUCUUCAUCACGUGAAGCCUCCGUCUGCUUCUUGUCUUCAGUGUUUGGUCUCAUUGGGUCUUUCUUACUCGUCUUUUUCCUCACCAGUCUAACAGCGACACUGCUCCCUGCAGUAAGUCAUCGAUAAACUUUUUUUUACUUUAGGCUGAUUUACAGAUUUACCUUCGUACUAUUUCCGUGGAAAAGUGAGGCGAUCCAAAAACCUUUGACCAGUGGUGCACAUAAGACAUGAAUUGCAUACACGCAAUGUGAUUUGUAUAUAGGUUGUACAUAGGCAGAUGAACAGAAGUAGAAUUCUUACGUACUGCUUGAGAGGAGAAGAACAAAAGAACUGUGACACGUAGAAUCUGGCUCAGAAAAGGAGAGUCCAGUUCACCGUGGAUUUCAGCCGCGAUACGUUUUCCACUGGUAACAAAUCGUCGGUAAGAGAAUAACGUCUCUGCUGUCGAUCUGUGGACGUCCUCUUUUGAGGCCACAGGCAGAAAUGCACCACUCACAGUUUCGGGGGGUGCAUCGCCUCAUGAUGGGAAGAUUAACUGCGACACAGCGGUGACGUGAGAAAGUGUAUUUCUUGGAAUACGAUGUCCAUAUAUGAUGUAAAGCUCUCAAGCAAAAUGGCCUUGAUGUUAUGUAAAAAGUUGAUGAUGUUUCAUCACAUUUGAAUUGAUGGAGGAGUUUUAGCUUUGUGAAAAAUCUUUUGUCUACUUUGCUUUUUAUUCAGUCAUUCACGUUUAUUUCCUGUGCUCUGAUGACCUUAUUUAAUGUUGAUGUGAUAUUAAUAUAAAUGCAUUUUCUUGGUUGGGAAGGGAGCAGUUUUAUCGCAUUUUAUUAUUGUCGUUAUUUUAUGUUGGUUAAAAGAAGCCGAGGGUCAGAAACUGUCAGAGGGAGAAGCUCUACGAGGAAGAUGUGUAUUUCAUUGAAGAAGUCCGGCCUGCGUUUUAAAUAAAUAGCCGGAAUGUUUUCGAUCCUGCUGCAAUUUCUUUGUCGUUUGUAAAGUUCAAGCAAACACACACACUCGUGCUAUUAGAACUUUCCAGAACUCUGUCUUCCAGGUCAACUCAAGCUGUCAAUACGUCCCGUCAGGAGUCCUGAGUCUAGCUUUCGGUCCUGACUGGUAAAAGAAGAAAGCAACGCUCAUCCAGCCAGUAGCAGGCUGCAGUUACUAUCGUUAGGAUGUUAUAGGGUUUUUUGUGUUUUUUUGCUUCUUCCCCUUGAUGUAUUUUAUUGUCUGGACUUUUGUGUUCAUUUUGAUGUUUGUUUUAUAAUAAAACAACACAUGAUAGUUGCUGGCGAA